AUGCCUGGCGGUGUCGUAUUUUUAGUUUGCAUACCUACGUUCAGCUACGAGCACGAGUUGAUCUUUGGCGUGCCUUUGAAGCGAGCGAAGAAGAGUGAAAAGCCAGGGAAACUGAUGGUUGGGCCAAAAGUCGACGUGAAGCUCAGGCAAACGAGAUCGAGGACCCAGUUGUUGAGGCUGAACGACGACGACGACUUGGAUGAUCUCGACAUCGAGGAUGAUUUGGCUGACAGGCGGUACCUGCGAGGUCGAGGUCGUGGCGUUCCCGGUCAGCGCGACAGAGACCCUGUUUUCGUGUCGAUGGAAACGACAAAGGGAGUCCGAGGAGAGGAAGAACGCCUGGAAGGCGUUCGUAGAAUCCAUACGUUCGAAGCUGACGGUGAAACAGGUCGUCGAUGGUGUCCGCAGUGGCGGUGAUCUUACGUUCGAUUACGUGCUGCUUGUAUUAACCGCGGAAAUUUAAUUCACUUUAACAAGGGUCCGGUGAUGUCGUUAACGUUUGGGACCAUCAUAGCCGACAGGAACCUCCAGUUCAUCGGUCUGAAAAGUUUAUUACUCGGCAUAUUCGUCUCGAUACUUUUCGGCUUCAUUUUCGGCCUCAUCCUGGGCACCACGGACAUGCCCUGGGGUUACAAUGACUGGCCAACCGAUGAAAUGAAGGGCAGAGGGAAUUAUAGAUCCCUCUGGAUGGGCGUAUUAUGGGCUUUGCCAUCAGGCACAGGUGUAGCCGUGGCUUUGCUUCAAGGAAGCAACGGUCCACUGAUCGGAGUCGCAAUAUCGGCCUCAUUGCUACCGCCAGUGGUUAACUGCGGUUUAUUCUGGGCACUCGGAUGUAUAUGGCUAAUCUAUCGACCGAUUAAAAUGCCGCACAUGAAAGGAGAAUCGUACACAGACUACAACACCUCGUACGUCUAUGUGUACACCGAUUACCUGCCGGUUGAAUUUUUCUGCAACGGGAUAAUCAGCGCGUGCCUGACCUUUGUUAACGUUAUGUGCAUCUUUAUCACGGCGAUCAUUGUGUUGAAGAUUAAAGAAGUGGCUGCACCGUACACAUCAACACCGGAACUACGUCGCUUUUGGGAACACGAUAUUCGCUUGGUGCGUGAUAGGAAUAUUUCACGAGAUAACAGCUCCCUGGAUUCGAGCUUCUACGACGGGCUAAGCAAGACAAAACAACGAGUGCUGGAACGAACGUUGAACGAGGCGGUGCGUGAAGCUGUAGAUGAUGAGACAUUCCGUAAGGUGCAAAGAUCGAGUUACGGCCAACGCGGUCCAGAGGAGUUUACAUCGAAGCUCGGACUGCACGCUACCAGCGGACUAAGUAACGCUCGAAACACCGAACAGAAGCAAGACACACCAGUGUCCAGUGGUUUUAAUCCACCGGAAGGUUUGAGUAAUACUGGCCACACGAGCGAAGACUUGGCCGCGCUUGAUCGAAUGAUCACGUAUCUUUUGGGACAAUCAAGUAACGCCAGCUCUGGCCAUUUGGAUUCUUGGCGCCGUUCCCGUAGGGCAAGUGCACAAGGUUACAGGCAAUUGCGCAGCACGGGUACCACUGCAGAAGGAGGCUUGGUUGGCUCUAACAUCGACACAACAACGCUCUAA